GGUCGCGCCAUUCUUGCGUCAAUGGCCGUCCGUAGCGUCUACCACAACUUCUUGCUCCAGCCGGUCUGUCCGGUUUUUGGGGUUGCGCCCCCUCCCCUUGUGCCCUGGCUUCCCACCAACCAGCACAUGAAACAGCGCGCGCUGUGGCUGUGUGGCUGUGGCUGACUCGGCGCCCAGGCAGCAGCACCCAUGCGUUGCAUAUGAGUAGAGUACUCUACGUGGAGACAACAAACCCACCUGCACCUACUACUACACCUGCAUUUGCGCUCGCACCACAUUUCACCUCCAUCGCUCGCUCCCCAACCAUGGAACGCUUGGCCGACCUUUCCCUUGAGAGCUGGACUGUCCUUCUGGGCACGUUGGCCCUGGCCGCGGCCUUGUCCCUCCCACUUCUCGUACGAGAGAUUCGUCAACGCCAGGCCGCCUCACCAACCCUCUCCUUCGGCUUCACCAAACUUCCGGCGGAGAUUCGGGAUAUGGUGUACGAAGAGUUGGUCGAAAGUGACCCUGUCUAUCCAGCGCCUCUAGCCCUCCGGCGGCGGCCUGGAUCGUUAGCUUGGUUUCUGCAACAACGGAAGCCGGCGUAUACCAAAUGCGGCAUUCUGCUGGCCAGCCGGCAGCUGCAUGCCGAGUUUGUCGAGGUGCUCUGCAAAAAGGCAAACUUUAAGCUCACCAUCGACCGGUCCAACGAGAAGGAAGCGCGGCUGUGGCCUCUGCCGGCGGAGACGAUGCGACGGAUUAGGAAGUGUGAGGUCCGCAUCGUGGCGACAUCGGCGAUGCUCGGCUCGCGCGACCCCCGCUCCAUGCCGAGGGAAUGGGCCUUGCGAGAUCGCGUAUCGAGGAAUCUAGCAUCGAUGGCGAAGGUGGAAAGCCUCAAGCUACACGUGCACGCGGUGCCCGACCGGAUGUGGAAUCCACUCUGGCUGUGGAGUCAGGUAUCGCAGCAGUUCAAGGAUCUGGAGCAGCCGCGGUUCCACAGGAUCACAUUCGGCAUCGAGUCAUGGUCGCUGGGGGAGAAUCACCUGCAGCGGGACGGGGAAGGGCGAUGGCGAUGGGAGUGCCCUGGGCAGCACACGGCCGUGGACGACGCGCAAGGAUGGCAGCCGAUUCGCGAGUUCUGCGCGGCGCUGUACCUCGAGUGCCGGCAGUGCCAGCUGGGGCGCGACAGCUAGGUGGCGUCGGGCGAAGGAAGCCAAUGGCAACGCGGCGAAAAAGCACAUCAUGGACGCGCAGGUUUGGGG